AAAUGUCAAAGUCAAAGAGAUGAAAGAUAAAUAAGAUAAUCGAGUCUUCUAAACCCGGUUCUCCAUUAAUGAUAACCAUUAUAUAACUAUUUAAUAGACGAAAGGGCUUCUGGGUUAUCAAACAUUAGAUACAAGACUGACAAUGCAAUACGAUACAAUAGUGGUUGGUCUGGGGUCAGCUGGGACAACCGCAGCGACCACUCUAGCGAGAGCCGGCCGGCGGGUGCUCGCUCUUGAAGCACAGAAUAGAAUCGGAGGUCGAGUUAAUACGGUGCAAUUCGGAGAUGGUGUUGUUGAACUUGGUGCAGAAUGGAUUCAUGGAAUUAAUCCGAGCAGAGUUUAUGACACUGCCAUAAAAAAUAACAUCACAGUACUAUCGCAGGAUUUGACUAUGGAUGCAUAUACUUCGGAUGGAAGACAAGCUGAUAAGGAAUUGGUCAAUGAAUUAAUAGAGUACUGUUUGGGACAAGUUGAAAAUACUACAAAUGAUAAUCAACCAUUGGGAGAUUUUCUUACUAAAAAGUUAAAAGAACAUUUAAAUGCAACAAAACCGUCAGUUCUUGAAGAUGAAGACUUUAUGGAGAACUUUCUAGAUCUAAUGGAUCAGGUGGUGGGUAACUACGAGGGGUCUAACAGCUGGAAUGACGUCAGCACCUUCACUCACUACCAGGAGCUGUCCGGAGACCAGCACAUGAGCUGGCAUAGAAAUGGAUAUAAAACCUUCUUUGAAUUGUUACUGAAUACAUAUCAAGGUGGACCAGGAUUACCUAAUUUGAACAUUAAAUUGAACACAGAAGUGACUAAAAUCGUUUGGCCACAAAAACCUUUAACCCCAGUAGAAGUAACAUGCAGUAAUGGAGAAGUGUUCAAAGCAGAUAAUGUUAUUAUCACUGUAUCUAUUGGCGUUUUAAAAGAAAGACAUACAAGUCUUUUCAAACCCUCACUACCCAUAGACAAAGUUCAGGCUAUAGACAAUCUAACUAUAGGUGUUAUGGACAAAAUAGUUUUCACAUUUGAUAAAGCGUGGUGGCCAAAUCUACAUACAUUCUUUGCCUUUCUAUGGAGAAGAGAAGAGAAGAAGAAGGUUUUAGAAGAAGAUCGGUGGAUAACAAAGAUAUUUGGUGCCAGUACACCAUUGGGAUCUAGUAAUACAUUAACUCUAUGGACAAGUGGGGAUGCAGGGAAAUUGGUAGAGAAGUUACCAGAAGAUGUUGUGAAGAGGAAAUGUAUAGAAUUACUGCAAAGGUUCCUCGGUGCUAAUACAACUGUUCCUGAACCCACGGGAAUGCUUAGGACAACUUGGUUUACAAAUCCAUACACUAGGGGUAGCUAUUCCUAUGAUAGUGUGACGUCAAUGAAAUACCCUAAUUCUAGGGCUGAUUUAGGGAAACCACUAGUGGAUAGUGCUGGGGUCCCUAAAGUGCUAUUUGCAGGAGAAGCGACUGAUUUGACACAUUUCUCUACAGUACACGGCGCUAGUGAUAGUGGUUUUAGGGAAGCUAUGAGAUUACUACCUAGUAGUAAAUUAUAAAAAACUACUAAUUAUAGUUCGACAAAUAUCUGAUGAAAAACGCAGUAGUUUUCUUAUAAAAUAUUUAACUCUAUAUAAACAAGUCGUUUACGGUACAAGUAUAUUGACAUUUGGGCAAAAAAUAAAUUUUGACAUUUUAUAAAACUGUGUGCCAUAAUUUUUUUUAAUGAUAAAAUUGUUAAU